AUGAAUGUUCCUUCUCAUGACCAAGGAUCGGAUCUCUAUUCUUGGACAAUAGAAGGACUGAAACUUCAACAUUUCUCCUCCUCCAAAACUUGGAGUGUAAUAAGAGAAAGGCAACCUGCCCAUCCAUGGUUUCAGGCGGUUUGGUUUAAAGGGCACACUCCUAAGCAUGCCUUCAACAUGUGGGUCGCUGUUCAGGACAGAUUACCAAUUCGUACCAGACUAGUGUCUUGGGGAAUGCUAAUUCCAACCUCUUGCUGCUUAUGCUCGGUCUCAGAUGAAACAAGAGAUCAUCUCUUUGUAGACUGUCCUUAUAUCAAGAUUCUAUGGGGCUUGAUGCUUAGAAAACUCUCUGGAUCAUUGAUCUCUUUCACUUCUUGGACGCAGUUACUUGGUUGGUCCUCCUCGGACUCCACAACCUCACCGCGAACUCUAAGAAGCAUCGCUGUCCAAGCCACCAUAUACCACACUUGGACUGAAAGAAACAACAGGGUCUACAGGAGUCAGACGCUAUCCGCCUCUGAUCUUUUCCGGCUCGUUGACAGAACGAUAAGAAACACAAUCUCUGCUCGUAAGACCAGAAAGGAAUUCAAGAACCUCAUGGUCCUUUGGUUGAUAUAG